AUGGCCAAACAGACCUUUCCCAGAGGUUUUGUCGCCCCAAGAGUUCGUCCCAGAACUUUGCUUUUCCUGGCUUUUGCUGGCAUUGUCAUUCAUUUUUGCUUCAAACUAAGAAACGAAUCGAGUGUGCAGCUUGUCUCCUGGCACGAUGUUACACACGAACCUUCUCCCGAGGGCCUUGUCGACCAACCGCCCGUCUCCUCUAUCGAGCAGCCCAUGCCACCUAUCGAUCUAUCCAAGAACAAAGACGAAGAAUUGCAACAAGAAAAGGCAGAAGCAUCGAAACAAGAGGCUGAGAGCUUGAAACAAGAGGCUGAAGCAUUGCAACAAGAGGCGGAGGCAUUGAAGAAGGAGGAGGAAGCAUUGAAAAAGGAAGAAGAGGCUCUCAAACAUGAAGCAGAGGCUGUAAAGCAGACCGAAAAGAAGCAGAAACAGGAAGAAGAAGUAAGGAAACAUCAGGAAGAAGAACACGAACAGAAGCUACGGGACCAAUUUGCUAGGGAAUACGAGGCGGCUAAGAAGCUUCCCGGUAGUGGCGCGAUCUAUGGCAACACCUUGAACUCCCUGAUCGACACAGACAACAGAACAGAUAUUCAUGCGGCGCGAUUACGAGAAUCCAGCGAGGAAGAAAAGCCAUAUUCAAAUCAUCGACCUGUCCAUUUCAACCCGUAUCCCCAUUAUAACGGAGAGAAUUGGAAAAAAGAGGAACAUCGCCCAUAUGUCCCAUGUGUCGGUGCUACUGGGGAGCUUGUGGAGGACUUACUUGUGUUCAAGGGCAGGCCUGCCAAGUUUCCGAAGCCGUCCUUUGGCAGCUUCGAUAUUUUUAACAUGGACGGCAAUCUCUGCUAUGAACGCGAAAGUAGACUGGGACCUUACGGUCACACAUUGCAGAUCAAAGCGAACAGUCUACCAGUAGAUUGGGACAGCGUCGAUUGGGGUAGCCUUCAAGAUAACUGCGCCAAACGGAACGCCGCUCGUUUUGGCACUGGAAAGCUCAACGCAUAUGUUGACACCGUUUACGGAAAUUCAGGGACCGCUCAGAGACGAGAGGCAAGAGCAGAUGGAGAGGAGGUUUCGAACAAACUGUCAACAAUAUCAAUAGGGACUGAGUCCCGAACUGCUGUUCUGCUUCGCACUUUCACUGGCAAACGAUAUACGGAAAACGAUAAACAAGCUAUCAGAUCGUUGAUUUCCGAGCUUUCCCUCCGUUCGGGCGGCGAGUACCAAGUUUUUCUUCUAUUACACGUUCACGACCGUUCAGUCAACCUGAAGGGCGACAAGACGGCGUAUCAACAUGUUCUGGAUGAACAUGUACCUCGAGAGUUUCACGGAAUCACUAAACUAUGGAACGAUCAAGUCGUAUGGGACAUCUAUACAGCUCUCACCGAAGACGACGAGAAAAGUGUUCACCAUGCACAAUGGCUAUCAGUUCAGAAGUUCAGCAUGGAUCAUCCCGAAUUCGAUUAUAUAUGGAAUUGGGAGAUGGAUGUAAGGGUCGUCGGGCAUAACUAUGAUUUCUUGGAGAGUCUGAGGGGAUUCGCGAAAAAGCAGCCACGGAGGGGUCUUUGGGAGCGCAAUGAGCGUUACUACAUUCCUGAUCAUCACGGAACGUGGACUGAGUUCCGCGACUAUGUCGAGAAGCAAACCGCUGGUACCCAAGUUUGGGGUCCACCGAGCGUACCCUUCAUCAAUCCGGUCGGACCAAAGCCGCCUACUGGAGAUCCCCGAGAUGACCAAUAUGACUGGGGAGUUAAUGAGGAGGCAGAUCUUAUCACUCUCGGUCCUAUUUUCAACCCGGUCAAUAGUAGCUGGAUUUUCGCAGACCAUAUUUGGGGUUACAAAGAUCAACAACAUCCAGCAACGUCACUACCUCGGCGGUGUACUAUUGUCACACAAUCGCGCAUAUCUAAGCGCCUUCUGGAUAUCAUGCACGUUGAAAAUCUUCGCGGUAACCACAUCGCCUCGGAAAUGACGCCUCAAACGGUCGCACUUCUCCAUGGGCUGAAAGCAGUUUUUGCUCCCCAUCCCACUUGGUUUGAUCGUCCUUGGAGCGGAAAAUUUCUCGAUCAUUGGUUCAACCCUGGGCCAAAAGGUGAAAGUGGUGGCCGAGGGAGUGCAAUGGGCUACGGAAGAGAACGCAGAUACCAAGGGAUUACUUGGUACUAUCGUGCUGAGCCUCCUUCUAGGUUGUACAACAAUUGGAUGGGGUAUAUAGAUACCGAUGUUGGGGGUCGAGACUGGGAGAUAACGAACGGCAGACCUUGCUUGCCGCCCAUGAUUUUGCAUCCCAUCAAGGAUGUCAAUCCAACCAGCCCGGGAUUUGCGACUAAAUUUGAGCUUUUCUACGGCUAA